AUGCAGCGGUUGCUGGAGCUGUCGAGUAGAGACAUUCCGAGCGCGAGGGAAGACAAGAGACCCGUCAUCGUGUGGUUUCGACAGGAUCUCAGGCUUCAUGACAACCCAGCGCUUCUCUUUGCUGCUCAGAGCGGCAGGAACGUCAUCCCAGUCUUUGUGCACGUAGAACAAGACGACGAGAACUGGUUGCUCGGGGGAGCAGCCAAGUUUUGGCUCCAUCAGUCUCUUACCAAGCUGUCUGAGAGCUUGGAAAGGAAGUACGGCAGCAAGCUCAUCAUCAGGGCUGGGAGCGACACGCUGGCUGGUCUGCUAGAUGUGAUGAUGGAGACAGGGGCUUCUACCUUGUGCUUCAACCGAGUGUACGAGCCCUGGAAACUUGCGAGGGAUGCCAAGAUCGUGGAGACGCUGACGAUGAAUGGGCUCACAUGCUCCUCCUACAAGGCGGUGGUCCUCUUCGAGCCGCUCGAGGUCGUUCCUGACAGCAAGGAAGGGCUCAUGUAUGGCUUCGGCUCCGUCGGCUUCUUCCUCAAUGCCUGCGACGGCAAGGAGAUCAGCGAUCCCUUGCCUCCUCCCGAGCAACUGAGGCCCCCCAGAGCCUGGCCGGGCUCCCUGAGCAUUGGCGACCUCAGGCUGUACGUGAUGCCGUGCAGGAGGAACGGGCAGGUGGUGGACUGGGCGAAGGGGAUGCGAGAGUUCUGGGAGUUUGGAGAGGAAGGAGCUCUGAAGGCGCUAGAGGAGUUCGUGCGGUUCGGCUGCCAUCACUUUGAAGGCAGGCAGCGCUUCCGGGCGGAUCGCAAGUACACAGCCGUCAUCUCCCCCUAUGUCCGGUUCGGGGAGCUGAGCCCGAGGCGGAUUUUCCAUGAGAUCGUGGUGAGGCAUCGGUACAAGGCCAAGACCUUCUUGCGGCGACUUGCCUGGAGGGAUCUGGCGUACUGGUGCCUGUGGAAGUUCCCGACCAUGGCGGACCACCCCCUCCGCCCCCAGUAUGCCCAUCAGACGUGGGACUACGAUCAGAAGCAGCUGCGAGCCUGGCAGAGGGGCCGGACCGGCUUCCCGCUGGUAGACGCUGCGAUGAGGCAGCUGUGGGUAACGGGCUGGAUGCCCAACUACAUGAGGCAUGUCGUUGCCGGGUUCCUGAUCGAACACAUGAACAUGCACUGGGUGGACGGGGAGAAGUGGUUUCAUGACACCCUUGUGGACGCUGACGUGGCGAUCAACGCCUACAUGUGGCAGAACGGAGGUCACUCGGGCCUUGACCAGUGGAACUUCGUCAUGCAUCCUGUCUUUGCUGCCAAGAGCUGCGACCCUGAAGGCGACUAUGUGCGCCGUUGGGUUCCCGAGCUCUCCAAACUCCCUCCUGAGUACAUUCACUGCCCGUGGGAGGCGCCUGUUACUCUCCUUGCCUCCUCUGGCGUCGCCCUAGGGCGCAACUACCCGCACAGGAUCAUUGCGGACCUGGAAGGAGCGAGGACCCGUUCUCUGGCUGCGGUGAACGCGGUGAGGUGCGGGGUCGGGAAGGCGAUGGUCCUCCCCGACGGGCAUGAGAGGAUGAUCCUGCCUGAUGGGAGGUGA